AUGACAAGCAAGCGAUGUGAGGUCCUCCUGGGUAGUGAAAACUUCUACCACCGGGAGUAUCACAUGCGCAUGACGUUGGCGCGCAAGGGGCUGCUCGUGCACGUCCAAGUCAUCAAGAAAGAGGAAGAGAUGACUGAAGCCUGGCUGGAAAAGGCGCUAAGGCAUUGGGCAUCAUCUAUCAAGGCAUAG